AUGAUUGCCGAUCUCGCUGGAAAGGUCGUGAUCGUGACAGGAGCGGCCUCGGGCAUUGGCCUAGCAUCGACGAGGCUGCUCCUCAGCGCCGGAGCCAAAGUGUUUGGCUGCGACCUGGCGUCGGGCCCAAACCCAGCCAACCUCAACCUGGCCCGGGGCCGGGGUGAGAACCUUCGCUUCCUGCAAUGUGACCUGACGGAGACCAGCACGCCCAAGAAGGUAGUCCAAGGCUGUGUGGGGGCGUUUGGCGGGAAGAUCCACGGAUUGCUCAAUAUCGCCGGCAUGAUGGACAACAACAGUAGCGUCGACACGCUGCGAGAUCGGGACUGGGACAAGAUCGUCGCGGUUAACCUGACGGCGCCGGUCAAACUGAUGAGGGAAGUGGUGCCGGUCAUGGUCCAGGGUGGCGGAGGCAGUAUUGUGAAUGUCUCCAGCAAAGCCGGCACCAGCGGCGCCAUCGCCGGGGUGGCAUACACGGCCACCAAACAUGGACUGGUCGGUGCCACCAAGAAUGUCGCCUGGCGCUUUCGACACGACCACGUUCGGUGCAAUGCGACGUGUCCCGGCGGCGUCGAGACCAACAUCAUGAAAUCAAGCCACUGGGACCGCAUGGACAUGGACCAGGAAGCCUCGGCCACCAUCAAGCCCGUUCACGACCUGCACUUGAAUGGCCCCUCCGGCAUGACCAUGUCCACCGCCCAGCAGCAGGCCAACGUGCUGCUCUUUCUCCUGUCGGAUCUCAGCGAGGAGAUCAGUGGCGCUGUGAUCCCGGUCGAUCAUGGCUGGAGUACCAUCUGA